GUUUGUGUUACUGGAUCGAAUUAUAUAGAUUUAAAUCUGAUAAUUUAAUUGAUGAACCCACACACAUGUCACGUGAUAUCAAACUCCAGCGACCGCCCUAAAGGAGCAUCUAAUGAACUGGUAUUUCUUCCUCACGACUUGACCGAUGCACACGCCCGCUGCGCGCAACUCAAGCAGCUUCUACAUCUCCUAAUUCCAGCGGCAAAUUCUGCCCUGGAUGUAUUUGUCAAUGCAGCGAGGCAGGCUGCUUUCGUCUAUUGCACGACCCUGCCGAUUCAUCGCCCACCGCCGGUAUCCCGCACUCGGCUCUACACCGCGUCGAUUCCAUCUCUCGCGAGGGUGGCAAUCAUCAGCACCAUCCAACCCCGAGGGUCCGCGCGAUUCGUUUCCGGAAAGCGUCACAAGUGAUAUUCCGCUGCCCCUAAGUGCCGAGCAUGACGUGCCCGGACACGAUGCUUCGUCGGUUACAUCGCCCUCCGCAGAGCGCGCCGGGAGAAAAGAAUCAGGUCCAUAUGGAUCGGCUGUGCGAAGAGCGUUGAGGAAUAAGAGAGCGCCCAAGGAAUGGGCUGCUCCUACUGCCACUGUUCCGUCGUGGUUCUAUGAGCGGAAUACAGUGGCCAAUGGAGGGGAGGGUCGGUCCGCCACAGAAUUUAAGCAACAAGUCAAAAUUAGCAGGUCGGAGACGGACACGGUCAAGACAGCGGUUGAGGAUAUGGCUUCCGGCGGUAGUGGUGACGGAGAACCUUCGGCCUCUGGUGAAGUGCCCGAGACAGGAGAACGGUACGCUUUGACGGAGGCAUUAUGGGAGGAGCUAUGCGCAUCUGCGAGAGCGGGCCUACGGCUUCCGCCUGCAAAAUAUGCGGCAGAACCUUCAGCUCGGAAGUCGCACCUCGUUCUCCAGUACCCCGGUGCAGACGGCAUUUUGUUCCUUGAUGCUGUUGUUAAGAGGCUAGCUCAGGAGCUGAAUGCUGAUGUGGUAACGCUCAAUGCCCAAGAUAUCGCACAACUGUGCAGCGAACAGGACCUGGCAGAUGUUGGCACGACCUCGCCUAUUCGAUCUCUUGGCUACGAUGUCUACCGUCCGACGGCUUUGGACCUGCAGGACGUGAGCGACAGUAUGGGAGAGGGGGAUGAUGAGGCCGAGAUUGAGGUCUCGCCGCGCAGCUUGCGGUCAGGCCUGAGGGGCCCGAAGUUCAUCACUAUCGAAAGUUCCCGAGACGUGGGUGACAUCCCUCUCCCAGGUAUUCUUGGCUUGAAAUCGUUAGUCGCCUCUUUUAACGGGUCUGCAGAUGGGACCUCUGGAUCUGCGUCAUCGAGCCCCACGGAUAGAGCAGAAGACCGGCGACUUCGACUGAUUAAUGAACUCAUUUCUUCUGCUGGUGGGCCGAAGCGCCAGUCAACGGCCACACAGGAGGAAAAGCCCGCAGAAUCUGCAGGCUCUGAACACAAGACACCUGCUCGCGACGUGAUUGUACAGGUCCAGGACUAUGGAGAUAUCCAGGGCACUCGUGAAGGAGCUAGAUUCAUAUACUUAUUGCAAAAAGCUAUUCAAGACCGCAGAAAGAAUGGAUCGCGUGUUUUGUUCGUUGGAACCGCAUCCCAAGACGCAGAUUCAGACUCGGAUGCAUCCAGGUUAAUGCAAAAUGCUUUUGACGACCAAUUCUCACAGAUGCUUGUCGUUACGCCUGCCAUGGGGAUGGAGGCAGCAGACAAAACUUUCUCGGAUGACCGAAAGAAACGAACCUUGGAUAUCAACAUCCGCCACAUACAAGACAUGCUCCGGACACGGCUCCAUGAGACUCCCUCGGCACUUGAAGAUGACAUAUUUGGCACCCGAUCUUGGCCGUUGGAUGCGUCUGUCGUGAAGGAAUCUGGCCUUGAAGAGAGGUAUUGGCCCUACAGCCAGGUGCACUGGGCCACGACACUUGCACUCGGAAGCCUUGGUUCCAACGAGACCUUUGGUUUUAAGAACAUACAGAGGGGGAUUGAGAUGAUGCAGAAAACUGACCGUAUUAAGAAUGACUGGAUGCAAGAGAGGUCUCCCAAAACCCAUUCAACGGAGACUGGUAACGAUCGGGAGCGGCUGUUAAGUUCACUACGAAAAACCUGCAAUACACAUGAGAAAAAGUUGCUAAAUGGGGUUGUGGAUGCCAAAAACAUCCGUACGACAUUCGCUGACGUCCACGUACCUCCGGAGACUAUCGAUGCUUUGAAGACGCUUACCUCGCUUUCUCUCAUCCGUCCUGAGGCUUUCACUUAUGGCGUACUUGCUACGGACAAAAUUCCCGGUCUAUUACUGUACGGGCCUCCCGGUACCGGUAAGACUCUUCUUGCCAAAGCCGUAGCUCGCGAGAGCGGGGCCACUGUUCUCGAGGUCAGUGGCUCUGAGGUCUAUGACAUGUAUGUCGGUGAGGGAGAAAAGAAUGUCAAAGCCAUCUUUACGUUGGCCAAAAAGCUGAGCCCAUGCGUUGUAUUCAUUGACGAAGCGGACGCUAUCUUCUGCUCGCGGACAGGAGCCAGUAGUCGCACCUCCCAUCGGGAGCUCAUUAACCAAUUUCUGCGGGAAUGGGACGGGAUGAAUGACCUGUCAGCUUUCAUCAUGGUCGCUACUAACCGACCUUUUGAUCUCGACGAUGCUGUUCUCCGACGUCUCCCGAGGCGACUACUCGUGGACCUCCCUCUUGAACAAGACCGUCAGGCCAUCCUAAAGAUCCACUUGAAGGACGAAAUCCUCGACAGCUCUGUAGAUAUCGCCGACUUAGCUAGGCGCACUCAGCUCUACUCCGGAUCCGAUUUGAAGAACCUUUCUGUCGCGGCAGCGUUGGCGUGCGUCCGGGAAGAGAACGAUCUGGCGGCCAAGCACCAGGGUGACGAGCCCUAUCAAUAUCCAGAAAGACGCACGUUGACCUGGAAACAUUUCGAGCGCGGAAUGGAGGAGAUCAGCGCUUCGAUCAGCGAGGACAUGGCGUCCCUCUCAGCGAUUCGCAAGUUCGACGAGCAAUAUGGUGACCGCAAGGGUCGGCGUAAGAAGAGCCCCGGAUGGGGAUUCACGCCUGCUAGUAUCGAAGAAGCGAAAACAGAUGCUGCACGCGUACGGGCAUGAUAUGACUACAAACAACAUACCAAUGGGAACUUUUUAGAGGGAUUGGUGUUCAUUGCGAUAAUGCGGCUUGGGAUCUCACGCGACGGCUUGUAUACUAUUAGCGAUAUGAUAAAGAUCAAACUGUACCAAUAAAUCGAUAAAUGAACUCGGGUUGAA